AUGAUACUCAGUCAACUAAACGGCAUAACAAUACGAAUAAUGAAGGAGAGCGACUACGGAAUCGUGAAACCUUUCAUGAGGGAUUACUUCCAUUACGACGAGCCAAUGGGCAUAGGCCUCCAAGAGCCAAUUCAUCUGCAGAAUGAGGCGGAGGUCGACAAGGAAUACCUGUCGGUUAUCAAGCAAGGUCUCUCCAUAGUGGUAUUCGAUGAAAACAACAAAAAUCUUCUGGUUGGCAUUGCCGUGGCCGAGAAAAUGGACCCCAAAAUAAUGGAGAAACAACACAAGGAAGCCGAGGAAAUGGAGCCAAACGCCUUGGGUCGAAGCCGGAAGAUGGUAGCCAAAGUGGAGCGGGAUGCCAACAUCUUCGAGCGCUGCGGUGUCUCCACAUACAUGAGUUUAAUAGCCAUCUCCGUACACGCCUCGAUGAGGGGAAAGGGUCUAUUGGCCCAACUUAGCAUGUGCCUGCUGAACCUUGGUCGCUCUCGGGGAUUCCCCCUAUUUAUUGGCUGCAGCAGCAGUUACUACUCGGCUCGGACGGCCAUGAACCAAGGACUCGAGUGCAUCCACUCACAGGCAUAUGCCGACUACAAGGACGAGCAGGGUCGUCCAGUAUUUAAUCCACCAGCUCCACAUACCCAUAUGCGGGUCGUGGCUGCCAAGCUCUGA